UGAUGUAUCAAAUUGACUCCGAGAGACCGCGCUGGUGUCCCCCGGCCCGGCGGCUCUGAUGCGGGAGCGCAGCAUCCUGCCCGGCCUGCAGCAGUGAAUGUGGAGCUCCGCUCCCCGACAGGGAGGAGUCCUCUCAUCGCGGGGCUGCCUCCUCCUGGAUGGAGGCUGGUGAUGUGCAGGCAGCGAUGGCAACGGGAGAUGUCUCCAAAAAGGCGUCGGCUCGGAACGUUGCGGUGGAGAGAAAAAACCUCAUCACGGUCUGCAGGUUUUCAGUGAAGACGUUGUUAGAGAAGUACACAGCUGAACCCAUCGAUGAUUCCUCUGAAGAGUUCAUCAAUUUCGCAGCCAUCCUCGAACACAUCCUCAGCCACCGUUUUAAAGGCUCUGGUAGCUGGUUUGAUGGUCAAAGGAGCUAUUGGGACUAUGUUCGCCUGGCAUGCGCUAAAGUUCCCAACAGCUGCAUUAGCAGCAUCGAGAGCAUGGAAAACAUCAGCACCUCACGAGCAAAGGGCCGAGCCUGGGUAAGAGUGGCCCUGAUGGAGAAGAGGCUGUCUGAGUACAUUGCCACUGCUCUGAGGGACAGCAGGACAACCAGGAGGCUCUAUGCGGAGGGAGCCAUCAUGUUAAGAGAAGAGGCCACAGUGCUGACAGGGAUGCUCAUAGGUCUAGGAGCCAUAGAUUUUAGUUUCUGCCUGAAAGGGCAGGCCCUGGAUGGGAAGUCUUCUGCAGUGAUUGACUACACUCCUUACUUGAAAUUCACACAGAGCUAUGACUACCUGAGCGAUGAUGAUGAUCGCCAUAGCGUUGACAGCAGCACGAGUGAUGACAGUAUCCCCGAUCACCCUUACAUCCCGCUGGUGACUGAGGAGAGCUGGAGCACAAAGUGCCGCAAGAUGGAGCAGAGGUUCAAGAUUGUCAAUGCUCAGAAGGGUUACCUGGAGGAGCUUGUGCGCCUGCGUGAGUCCCAGUUGAAGAACACAGAGAUAGAGAACAAGAGUCUGAAGGCCCGGCUGGAAGAGCUACAGGGUCAGAGCCAGCUGGAAAAGAAGGAACUGGAGGCUGUCAUCCUGGAGCUGCAGGAGCAACUGACGAGCUUGAUUCCAUGUGAUUCCAGCCAUCUGGCCAAAAACCUCUCAAUCCCCCUGGUCAACCAGUGGCCGUCACUUGAGCCAUACAACAGUCAAGAGGACAUGAAGCUGUUCCGCAGGAGGAGUUUCCCGAGCACAGAGCUGCUGUCGGUGGAGCUCAGCCUGGAUUCUGACUCCCAGAGGACUGAGGGGAAACAGAACGGAGGAGCCUGGUGCACAGGAAAGGACUACACACCCUCCAUGAUGGGCCUAUGUGGGUCCUUGGCUUCCCUCCCAAGCUGCAAAUCUCUGACCAGUCUCAAGUCCAGCGAGUGCCUGGUCAACAUCAGCACAGAAAACAGUCCUGCCCUCUCUCCCAGCUAGGGGGCGCCAAAGAAAUGGAGACACUGAGACAAUUCAAGCUGAAAAAAAAAACAAAAAAAACAAACAAGAUGACUGUUCUCGGUAGGUGGGUACAUGCUCUUUUUGUUGGGCCCUCUCCCUCAGUCCCUGUACCUUUCUGCUCUCAGCUCGGCACACUCAGCUUACACGUUUAUGAAAGAGCAGCCCACCACCCCUCUCUGGAGCCAUCCCACAAAGAUGCAGGAAGAGCUGCUGUACUGCCUCUCGGCCUCCUUUAGUUCGACAGCCUUUCCCCUGGAAUGCAAACAGCUGGUUUAAGCUUGACCUCUCUUACAUCCCAAUGCUUCAUUUUGUGGAGUUAUAGUCAUUUACUGGUCACAGUCAUCAUUGUAGGUGUACUCUACGUGUCCCCGUCCCUUUUGUCUGUGUCUUAUCAGUCUGUCAGUCUUAUUCUGCCUGUUCCACAAUGCUGGCAGGAUGGAUAAGCUGUAAUAAUAACAUAUUAGGGAACAGAAGCAAUGUUUUAGUAUAAUAUAGUACUUUAUUCUAUGAUGAGGUGUGUUUGGUGUGAGCCAGUGUGUCUAUGAUGAAGAGUAUAUGAAAUUCAACAGAAACAGCUUUACGACAUUAGGAUGAAUGAAAGCUUAGGCCUUAUUCAAUCAUACAGUAGGUUAGAUGUGAGGAUGUGACGUAGAUGAUCUGUCAGGCUGCUGAGGUUUGCAGAAUCACUAAUAUCUAUUGCAUAUAAAUGCAAAAUGCAUUGGGACUAUGCAGAAUAAAUGUUUUCAUUGUCUUUUUCUACAAACCUGGCUUGACAGAGCAGUUUGAGGAAGAGAGAUACAGUGAAUGUUCAACAUGUGUUGGUCGACAUAUUUUUGUCUUCUUUUAUUUUCAUUUUCUCUGUGGUCAUUUGUUUUUAAUAUUCUGACUAAUUUCAGGAAAUACCUGCUUGUAUCGACAUGUAAAUUGCCAUCUAAUACAGUGUUGUUGAGAGCUGGAAACAAUUGUGUUGUUUAAAAAUGCAAUAAAACUGCCUUUUUGUAAAA